AUGACCGUUAGUAAGUUACUUGGCGAUGGCUACAUGAUCGGGCGGCUGAACAAGUGCGACAUAGUGCUGGACCGCAACUAUGUCAGCAACACACACUGCCGACUAUACAUGGAAGAAGAUCCCCAAACAAACCAACAGAGUCUGUAUAUUGUCGACGUGAGUACCAAUGGUACAUAUAUCAAUGACCAGAUCUUGGGCCGCGACAACCGCACACUACUGUUCCACAUGGACCGGGUCGGAUUCCUGCAGGCAAUCGACGCACUGCCAUCGGAUGUGGCAUUGGAGUAUAGCGUUGAGCUGGCCAAUUCCAGUAACCAGACUACGGGCCAGCCCAAAUUUGACCCAGAGGUAUUGCGUGUAUACGACUUCAAGCGCGAGAUUGGUGCAGGCAACUUUGCCAAGGUGUGGAUGGCAAUCCACAAGCCAACCGGCACGGCAUGCGCCUGCAAGGUGAUCAAUAAGAAACGGCACCUGUUCAGUAGCGGACUCUCAAAGGUCUUUGAACGCGAGGUCAGCAUCUUGAAGCAGCUAAAGCAGGCACACGUCGUGCCAUUGCAUGAGCUGCACAUCGAUAAGGAGCGUAUCUACAUUUUCAUGGAAUACCUGGAUGGCGGCGACCUAUUUUCUUAUCUAUCAGAGCACGGUCCCUUCACUGAGUCCGGGUGCCGGCCGAUCUUCAAGCAGAUCUGCAGUGCAGUGCGGUAUCUGCACUCGAACGGCGUCACCCACCGUGACCUGAAGCUGGAUAAUAUUCUGAUCAAGAAGACGCCAAGUGGAGCGAUUGCGUCAGUCAAAAUCGCCGACUUUGGACUGGCAAGGGCGGUGAGCGACGGGGACCUGAUGCGCACGAUCUGUGGCACGCCCAGCUACUUGGCACCAGAGAUCAUAUGCCGCAACUCGACGUCGACUCCGUACAGCAAGAGUGUUGACAUCUGGGCACUGGGUGUCGUGCUGUAUGCGCUGCAUCUGAACAGCUUCCCGUUCUCCAAGAUGCUGCUAACGGGUGAGACAGGGAAAUCAAUUGAGUCCUAUUUGAAGGCCAGCAAGCUGACCGACUCAAACCUGAAGUACAUUCGGCUGUCAGAGAGCCUGCGCAAUCUGAUCGAGGGCAUGCUGAAUAUUGACCCGGAGCUAAGGAUUACAAUUGACGCGACAGUGCUACACCCGUGGGUGCAGACA